AUGUCAAGUCCAUCUCUUCCGAGUGCUAAUGCGUGUAUACAAUGUCGAAGAGUCAAGAUGAAAUGUCGUCCUAUGGGACAAGAUACGUCUAAAUGUGAACGUUGUACCCGCAAAGCCCUUGAUUGUAUUUUCAGGGAGCAUCGUCGCGGCCGCAAGCCAGGCACAAAACUCACGAAAACGAAGAAAGCCCCUACCAUCUCACCACAGUCGAUUCCAAGUCUGGAGAGUCCAGCGGCAGCAGGGGCCCAUACCUCCGAAACUGAAGAUGAUACGAAUAAUCUACAGCCAUCAGGAUUACUGAACCACCAGGCGCUGGAGGGAAAGUUCUCUCUAGGCAAUAUUCUAAGUGCGGACCAGGAACCUGUGCAGCGACAGAGAAGCAGCAAUGAGCCACUUGAAGAUCCCAUUGAACUUGGGCUGGUCACUCCAUCUCUGGCAAAGUCUCUAUUCGAUAGCUUCAUAACCGUUUUAAAUCCAUACAUCAGCCAACUCGAUCCCUAUCUCCAUACCUUUACCUACGUCCGCUCCAAGUCUGCAUUUCUUCUGAGCUCCAUACUAGCCAUGUCAGCAAAGGCUUUCAAUCACGUCUUGUAUGCUAAGCUCUAUGAUCACUCACAAGACCUCUUCGCAAACGUCUUCCGCCGAGGGAGCAAAUCCAUCGAAAUCGUGCAAGCAAUUCUCAUCCUCACCUAUUGGAAGGAACCGCAGGACACAAGAGUCUGGACCUCUGUUGGAUACGCGAUCCGUAUAUGUAUGGACCUGGGAUGGCACAAACUUACGCCUUACUCCCCCACUGCUGUUGCGGAGUCUGAAAUGCAAAAACGAGAACGACGGAACGUUGAGAGAACGUGGUAUGUUUUGUUUGUCUACGAUCGAAGCAUUAGCUUGCAGACUGGCAGGCCCUGGAUGAUUGACUGCACUGAGUUUAUCGAAUCAAUAGAAGACUGGUGCAACGGCCCUCUGGCCAUUGACAAUGAUCAGCUUCUAGGCGCCUUUACUACGCUAAGAUUGGUCACCUCCGCUUCGUUUCCACUACUUGCUGCCAAGUCACGGCAGCGAUCUAUCUCGCUUAGUGAGACCGCGUCUCUUGUUGGCCUCUUAGAUGGCCGUAUUGAGCGAUGGGAAAGGAAGUGGACUGCAAACGUCACGGCACAGACUGAACAAUCCUGCCAUGAGUUUCUCAUCCGCUUCUACGGUGCACACCUUCGUCUUCAGCUUCAUACCCUACCACUCCAUGGUAUUCUCGUCUCCGACAAAUCGUAUAUCAACCAUCAUAUUGACACAGUCUGGGUGGCAUAUAGCAGUGCCCUCAACAUGCUGCAGCUAAUUUCACGCUUUUCAGAGCAUGUCUGCUUCGCUCAAGACUCCAUCCAUGUCAUGACAGCUUAUAGUGCUGCAUUUCUCGUCAAAAUCACUCUUGUAUUUUCCGAUUUCAUAUCUGGCCAGCUCGAAUCAACCUGCACAGAGGCUAUUCAGCAAGCUGCACAGGUCUUCUCCAAUCAAUCCGGAUGCAUAAGCUCUAGUUGCACCCUGCAAGCAUCGUUUCUAGAAAGAGUCGCUAUGAAACUUACAGAGAACCAAACGAGACACAAGACACCCCAGGAAGGUGGGCCUACAGGACUUGCAGGGCCUGUACCACAGACGAUAGACCAGCUUGACAUAAAUGGAGGGCCCAGUGCAGACUCAGAAGGCAGCUCAUCCUCCCAACGUCCCCCCGACCUAGCAACCCUAGAUAUAUCAUUUCUAGCUCAGGAAAACCUGGACUUCCCUUUCGAGUGUGAUAAUAUGUGGGCAGAAAUGUUUGGAAUGAACACUCAAGAUGUAUCAUUCUUCCCACAAACAGAUUAAUGAAUAUUAUACAUC